AUGCCCCGCGAUGCCCAGAACGCCCAGGCCGCCCAAAUCUUGAGGAAUCUUCCCCCGCAUGUGGCGAUGACCACAAACGGCCUUCCGGAUGAACUUUUCGGGCGGAAGGAUGAAUGGGAGGUGUAUGGGAAUGCAUCAUGCAAUGGUGUCAACUUGAGUGCCGAUGAUGGUGCUUGGGGGUAUGUUGUUGCUGAGGCUCUCCUAGUCCCCCAUCUUGCAAGCAAACGACGAUAG